UAGAGAGCACUUAAUUACUGGACUCAAUCCCUUCGAAGAUUUAUAGGCAUUGACAUACCUAACAUGGCUGCAACAAAGGUAAGCCUGAAGCUUUUGAUAGACAAAAAGAGUCAUCGAGUGCUCUAUGCUGAAGCAGAUAAAGACUUCGUUGAUUUCCUCUUUAGCAUUUUCACUCUGCCGGUUGGAACAGUGACUAGGCUCUUACAGAAGCAAAACAUGGCAGGCUGCUUGCCUAGCCUGUACGAGAGCAUAGAGAAUCUGAGUGAUGCUUACAUUCAGCGAGAGCAACACAAAGACAUCCUGCUAAACCCAAAAGCAGCCAUUUCUGGUGCUAAAGUUCCUCUCCUCUUGCCAAGCGUUGAGCAGUCAUAUACAGCAAUGAAACUUUACAAGUGUAUUUGCAAUUGGAACAACUGUCCUUACGUGUCUAAUGACCAGAAAGCAAUUUGUCCUAAGAGCAGCAAGCCAAUGAGCUGGGAGCUAAAAUACGUAGACCCACCAACCUCUAAUGAGGAAGGUUACGUGAAAGGGUCGGUUACUUACAUGGUGAUGGAUGAUCUAGUUGUGAAGCCCUUGUCCACCAUUUCUGGUGUCACUUUAGUCAGCAAGUUUGGUGUCACGGACCUUGGGGCCGUUGAGGAGAAAGUGGUCCAUUUUGGCAUCGAUGAGGGUGUGAAAUUGCUCAAGGCUUCUCUGCAAUCAAAGACUGUUUUGACUGAUGUUUUGCUUCGAGCAGGGACCAAUGGAAGUCUAGGACUAAAUCUUUAUUAAUUUGUCGGUGCAAGAAGUGGGAGUGGGUGGGAUUAUUUAUCCAAAAAAUUAUCCGUGGGAUUUUUAUAUUUUUUGCAAUCAUGUUUCUAAUUAAUCACCUUUAUCCUGGAGGACUGUAAUGUAUAUUCAAAUGUUAUUGUAAAACAAGGUGUGGCAAUGUAUGCCUUUUAUAUAUUUUAUUUGUGAAUCUGCACUAAUUUUUUGUCCGGAGAUAA